CUUUGCGAGUUUGCUUUGGAGUUAAAAGGCACACUCGCCUCCAAUCACGGAUGUGUUUUCGUCGGGUAAUUAGACGUACUUUGCAAAACAUAAACAUUGAGCCGUAUUUCCUGUCAGAAAUAACUAAAAUUCAAAACAAUUUGAUAUUUUAUACUAAAAAGAAUAGGCAUUUUGCUUUUUUCAGUAUUUCUAUCUUAAUGUUCAUUAUUUCCGUAUUUAUACUCAUUUUGGUUUUGUUUACUUACAUAUUUUACUGCUUUAUUGCAUUUUUAAAACCAUGCAACUACAGAAAAGGGAAAGGUAUAGUUUUGAUUAUAAUAGCGCAUCCUGAUGAUGAAUGCAUGUUCUUCGGUCCUACAAUUUUAAAUCUUUUGCGAGAUGAAUGCGAGGUCUACCUUCUUUGUCUUUCUGCAGGUGGUUUUUAUAACAAAAGUAAAGAAAGAAAAAAAGAGCUGAGAGAAAGUUGUAAGUUACUUGGAAUUCCAGCAGGAAAUGUUGUAAUAAUUGAACAUAGCAAAUUACCUGACAAUCCGAAUUCUGCUUGGAGUCCAAGGAAAGUUGCCCAAAUCAUUUUAAAAUAUGUUAUACAACUCUCUGUGAACAUUAUUGUAACAUUUGAUGAAAAAGGAGUCAGUGGACAUUUAAAUCAUGUUGCUCUGAAUAAAGGUCUAAGUUUUUUAAACUCAGAAAGAUUAUUACCUUUAGAUUGUGAAGUUUUGGAGUUAAAAACAGUAUCAUUAAUUCAGAAAUAUCUGUCCUUUUUAUCUGUGCCUUUAAGUGUUCUCCAUGAAAAGUGUUAUUUUAUUUCAAAUCGAUCAGAAACAAAAAUAAUACAAGAAUGUAUGAGAGCUCAUAAGUCCCAAUAUGUAUGGUUUAGGAAAUUGUACAUAAUAUUUUCCUGCUAUGUUUAUAUUAACCAGUACAUACAUUUUAAUUUUAGUGAGGAGAAAUGUAAAAAUCAAUAAAUUUUACAAAACAUUUUACAACGCACAAUAUGUAA